GAAACCAAUCAAUUGUACAACAAACCAAUCGUGUUUACACGAAACCAAUCAAUUGUACAACAAACCAAUUGUGUUUACACGAAACAAAUCAAUUGUACAACAAACCAAUCAAUUGUACAACAAACCAAUCGUGUUUACAAGAAACAAAUCAAUUGUACAACAAACAAAUCAAUUGCACGACAAACCAAUCAAUUGUAUAAGAAACCAAUCGUGUUUACAUGA